GAAGAGGCUUCAGACUUUCCUUCGCAUCUCAGAUUACAAAACGCAUCUGACACAACGAGCAAGAUGUUGUCCAAGGCUCUCCUUCUCAACACCGCCCUUGCGGUCAGCAGCUUCGCCGCUCCCAUGGAGCUGGUCGAGCGCCAGUCCAGCUGCCCGAAAGUCCACAUCUUCGGUGCCCGCGAGACCACCGCUCCCGCCGGCUACGGCAGCGCCGGCACUUUCGUGAAUCUAAUCCUCAACGCCUACCCAGGUAGCACGGCCGAAGCGAUCAAUUACCCAGCCGCUGGCAACACCAACGCCGCCUAUGCUUCCUCCGUCCAGGCGGGCGUGCAGGCCGUGUAUAACCAGGUCUCUGCCUUCGCGGCCAAGUGUCCCAAUACGGCCCUGGUUCUCGUAGGCUACAGCCAAGGUGCCGAGAUUGAAGAUGAUGCGCUCUGCGGAGGUGGCGAUCCGAAUCAGGGUGUUACGAACACGGCCGCCACGAUUGCCAAUUUCAACAUCAAGGCUGUGAUCUGGGCCGGUGAUCCAAGAUUCACUCCCGGCGAGAGCUUCCACGUCGGCAGCGCCACGGCCGGCGGCUUCGACCAGCGUCCUUCCUCUCAAACCUCCUGCGGCAAGUUCAACAGCCUCAUUCAGUCGUACUGUGAUGCCAGCGACCCGUACUGCUCUAAUGGCAAUAACGCGGCAACCCAUCAAGGCUACGGAAGCGAGUACGGUCAAGCAGCGCUCAACUUCGUGAAGAGCAAGAUUCCCGUUUCUUAAGGUACAGUGUAAGCCGAGAAGGAGCGUAGCAUCAAAGGGGCGAGAGUGAAGAAGUGGUAGUUUACUUUUUGCUCGAUACCUACAGAUAGUGAACAGAAAGC